ACAGCUUACAGCUGUCAGCAGCCUGGGUGUAAACUUGUACUAAUACACACACACACACACUUCAGGGUUUCCGCACCACUUUGUAUCGUCGUCACAUCUCUCAGUUUUUUUGGUGAUGAUAGCUUGAGUGUAGUAGCUUGAAAAAGGAGAAAAUGAGUAAGAGAAGUCGGUUUGUGUUCUUGGACGUAUCUAUCGAUGGAGAUCCUAAUGAACGUUUGGUUUUCGAGCUAUUUUAUGAUCUUGUCCCGAAGACUGCAGAAAAUUUUCGUUCACUUUGUACAGGAGAGAAGGGAAUUAGUUCAAGGACAGGAAAACCCUUGCACUACAAAGGAACAUUCUUCCAUCGUAUUACUAAAGGAUCUAUGGCACAGGCCGGUGAUCUGCUGAGGCGUGAUGGGAACUUUGGAGAAAGUAUAUACGGGGAGAGGUUUCCAGAUGAAAGAUGUAAAUUAUUACAUGAUGAGCCUGGUCUACUGUCAAUAGCUCUUGCUGAUCGUGAUGCACGGGGUUCCUUGUUUAGUAUCACCUUUGAAGCUAAUCAUGAUCUAGAUAGGAAACAUAUUGUGUUUGGAAAGCUGGUUGAAGGACUUGAUGUUCUAAAAAGGAUCGAAAGUUGUGGGGAUAAAGAAGGAAAACCUGUUGUACCUGUAAAGAUUACCAAAUGUGGUGAACACCGAAAUGAGAACCAGUAUACAGACAUGAGAAAAGCAAGUAAAAUGAGAAAUGGGAAGGAAGCAUCAUUCGAGGUAAACAGCCGUGAUUUACGGCGUAAGAAGCAGCAUAAAAAAUCUUCAAAAGGUAGGAGGAAGAGGAGAAGGUACUAUACAUCUGAUUCUGAUAGCUCAGAAUCAGAGACCGAAACAUCAGACUCAGACAGUGUGUCAGACUCUGAUAUAUCGUCAUCGUCUGAUAGUAGUUCAUCAAGCGAUGAUAAACGCAGGAAGAGAAAGAGAUCCAGAAGAGACCGAAAUAGACGCAGAAAAAAGAGGUAUAGCAGACGCGACAAAAGACGCAGACGACGUGAUAAGAGAUCGAAACGUAAAUCAAAAAGGGCUUUGGGCCGCUUUAGUGGAAGUGAAAGUAGCACGGAUGAUGAUUAUGGCACUGCUUCCAGAAAGGACUGCAAGUGUAAAAAUCCUGCUCAAGUAACAGGUGAAGUUGAUUCAUCUUUGCUUGGAGAAAGGGAAGACAUUACUUUUCGUUAUAAAAAGGUUGAUUUGCCGGAUAUGCUGGAGUGCAACGAAGGCAAAUACCCAAGGGAAAACGGACAGCGGCAGAGCAGCAAGAUUGGAAUGGAAACUAAACUUGAUAAAAGGACAGAGAGGCAUCCUGAUUCUGUAGAUGUUCAUCCUGGCAAAAAUAGGAAUAAAAGCAUUAGUCCUCCCAGGAUAUUGAGCAGAAGUAGUUUGAGUCCAAAAUCAAGCUUGAGAAAGAGCCCGAGCAUGAGCCCUAGGAGAAGCAUGACCCCUGAUAGGAGCAUGAGCAGAAGUGUUAGUGGAAGCCCUCCACGUGUCAUUCGUGGAAGCAGGAGUUUUAGCAGAAGUCCUAUUAGAGGUGGAAGUAGUCCUGCUAGAAGUGUGACCAGAAGCCCUGCAAGUCCCAAAAGGGGGGGAAGCAUCAGCCCUGUCUCAGUACGCGCCAGACCUUGGCGAAGCAGUUCCAGGAGUCCCACAUCAUCUCCACCUCAGGAAAGCCAUAGUCGCAGCCCACCAAAAACCUCAUCUGGGAAAUCAUCUAGAAAACUAGAAAGCAUGAGCCCGAUCAGAUCUCGAAGAAGUACAAGUAAAAGCCCUGUAAGAUCAUCUCGAAGAAGCAUCAGCCGGAGCUCAGGUAGAGCCCCUUCUAGGAGAAGUUCAAGUCAAAGUCCAAUUAAAAAGAAUGCAAGAAACAGUCGUCAUAGUUAUUCCAGGAGUCCUUCUGGUUAUGGUCGUAGGGCAAGGUCACCGUUUGCAGAUCGUGCAAGGAGCACUGGUAGAAGUCCUUUGUCAGAUGGUCUAUCUAAGCAGCGGAUUAAAAGGGAAAGGGGUUUCAGCCACUCUAAUGCUCACAAAUACCAUUCUUCAGAUCGUUCGCCUGUAAGGUCAUAUCGUUAUAGUAGAAGUGAGCGAGACAGAUAUCCAAGUCACAGGAGAUCCCCCAGGCGUUACAGAACUCCGCCAAGAGAAAGAAGUCCAAUAAGAUACAGAAGUCGAAGAAGCAGGACUGGAAGUCGGAGUCGUUCACGAAGCCCAGUCUGCUAUCGCAAUCGACGUCGGAGUCUCAGUAGAUCUCCCAUGAAGACAAGGUACUGUGCAUUACCUCGUGCCAAAAGGCGGAGUUCGCGUUGGAGUAGGAGCAGGUCCUUAUCUCAUUCGCGGUCCCCCAUGAAGACAACAAGGUACCGUGCAUCACCUCAUGCCAAAAGGCGGGGUUCGCGUCGGAGUAGGAGCAGGUCCUUAUCUCAUUCGCGGUCUCCCAUGAAGACAACAAGGUACCGUGCAUCACCUCAUGCCAAAAGGCGGGGUUCGCGUCGGAGUAGGAGCAGGUCCUUAUCUCACUAUUCGCGGUCAGAAUCACCUAAACGGGCUAACAAAGAGAGAUCUAUAUUUUCUUCUGAAAGCCCUCCAGCAAAAAACGGUGUAGUCUCUUAUGGAGAUGGGUCCCCUGUCUCUGGUAAAAGAUAAGAUGAGAUAACUGAGUCACCAUUGAACAGUCUAGUGGAAGUUAUAUGGUGAAGUUCUGUCUGGGUAAUAUAAUGAAAGUUUAUGUUAGCUGAAUUAGUGGUUUCAAGACUAAUUAGCAAAAAAUUAAGAUGGAAUUUUUUCAGGACUGCACACCAUCUUAGUUUAAGUGUUCCUUGUGCUUUAGGCGCAUUAUCUGGAUUUGGAUCAUUUCUUUUAUAGAUCAUUAAUAUAAUUGAUAGACCUUUUUUGAAAA